CUCACAUUGCUGAGGAUGCUUGUUUUCCGCACGGCAAGGUGGAGCGCAAGGCGAGAUUCAUCCUUGACUGCUCUGUAUUCCGAGCGGUAGAUCAAACACUUUUACUCGAUGGCAUCUACAGGGAUAGGGAGAGGAGGGGAUUUAUACAAAUGACCAUUUGCUUUCCUGAUCUGAGGGACGCCCUGCUAUCUGCCGUCCGCUCACAGUUACGUGGUUCCUCGGGGCUGCUGGCUGUUGAAGAUGGUGGGGGGCGUGCUUCCUUGGUUAGGUGGUGGUGACUGUCGAGACAUUUUAAUAUAUGAAUGUGAUGGAGAAUAUUUGCCGUGGCUUUAUUGUGAAUUUGGCACAUGUUGUAUUGUAUAGUAUAUAAAUAUAUAUAUAUAUAUAUAUGUGUGUGUCUGUGCAUGUCUACUUUCCAACGAUUAUAAAUUGAAUUCAAAAUCCAUAGAGACAAAUUUCAUUAUAAAAUGCUGCUACUUUCAACCGUCUCUGUUGCUUUUGAUGCUGUUGCGCGCUGGCUGCCUAUGUAGAAAAAAAAGUGGAAACCACUUAACAUGCCGCCAUUUCAUUCGCGAAUCGGCGCGUCAUUCACCACCUCCAGCGCGUGUCCAUCGUCUGCCAUUAAAUAGUCCUUCUUUUUUCUCCAUUUUCUUCCAGACGAUUAGGCAGCCGCACGAUUGCUGAAAGAGGGCUCCAGAGCUAAUUGACAGCUGGUAGAACCAAACGAGCUCUCUUCUUCUUUUUGUCCUCUCUCUUUCUUCCCUUUGCCCUCUUCACUACGAACUACUGCACCGUGAAUCAGCUUCUGAAAAGAGCUCCGUCGCAACCAUGGGUAUCAAGCAGCUAUUCCAGAUUGUCAAGGAGGAGGCUCCAGAUGCUAUCAAAGAGGGCGAAAUCAAGAACCAGUUUGGGCGCAAAGUUGCUAUUGACGCCUCCAUGAGCAUAUACAGCUUCCUGAUUGCUGUACGAUCCGAUGGCCAGCAGCUCAUGAACGAGAGUGGCGAGACAACGUCGCAUCUGAUGGGCAUGUUCUACCGCACGUUGCGCAUGGUGGACAACGGAAUCAAGCCCCUCUACGUUUUCGACGGCGCACCGCCGAAGCUCAAGUCUGGCGAGUUGGCGAAGCGAUUUCAGCGCAAGCAGGAGGCUACAGAGGGCCUCGAGGAGGCCAAGGAGACGGGUACCGCGGAGGAUGUCGAGAAGUUCUCCAGGCGAACGGUUCGAGUUACGAGAGAACACAAUGCCGAGUGCCAGCGCUUGCUCAAGCUCAUGGGCAUUCCGUACAUUAUUGCACCCACAGAGGCUGAGGCCCAGUGCGCAGUCUUGGCAAGAGCUGGAAAGGUGUAUGCUGCGGCGAGUGAGGAUAUGGACACUCUGUGCUUCAAUACUCCCAUCUUGCUGCGUCACCUUACUUUUAGUGAGCAGAGAAAGGAGCCUAUCCAGGAGAUUCACUUGGACAGGGUGCUGGAGGGGUUGAACAUGGAGCGAAAGCAGUUUGUUGAUCUCUGCAUCCUGCUGGGCUGUGACUAUCUCGAUCCGGUCCCCAAGGUUGGGCCCACCACGGCUCUGAAACUGAUUCGAGAGCAUGGCUCUCUGGAAAAGGUUGUCGAGGCCAUCGAAAAAGAUAGCAAGAAGAAGUACACGCUGCCAGAGGACUGGCCUUACAAGGACGCCCGAGAACUAUUCUUCAACCCGGACGUGCGCCAAGCAGACGAUCCCCUUUGCGAUUUCAAGUGGGAAAAGCCCGACAUGGAAGGCUUGGUCACAUUCCUCGUCACCGAAAAGGGAUUCUCCGAGGAUCGCGUCCGCAGUGCAGGCGCUCGGCUCGAGAAGAACCUGAAGAGCUCUCAGCAGGCACGCCUGGAGGGGUUCUUCAAGCCCGUUCCCAAGACUGAUGCGGAAAAAGCUGCGCACAAGCGCAAGCUGGAUGAGAAGAAUGAGGAGAAGAAGAAGAAGCUUAAGCAGGAUAAGAAGGAAAAGGCUGCGGUCAAGGCAAAGCCCCGGGGUGGCGCAUAAGUAAUCUCGUCAAGGAGUGUUAUAAGCUGAGAUGGAAAUUAGAAUGGACAAAAAAAAAAACGACAUCAAAUCAUCUUUCAAGUAUACCUUACCUAUAUGGAGAUGAUCGGAUAUCUGGCAUUGGCACUGGAACUCGAAGAUAUAGGGGCAUUUACAUGGCUUGCUUUGCUUUAGGAGAGCAGUAUUACGGAGUUUUUUUUGGCGUGCAGAGGGAGGGCAUUACGCUCCAUGUCAUACCUAUCUGGUAUUUGUGUAUUUUAGCAAAGUCUAUCUACAGAGGUAGAUUCGUUCAAUGAGUUCAAAAAAAGUGAAAAACUUAUAUCAUAG